GCAGAAGAAAUGGGCAUUUCAUGACUUGACUCAAAAGACCUCACAAGUCAAUGCCGUGUGUACAGGUGAAGAAUCACAAAGACGAAUUGAUGCGAACCUCUCUCUAUCCGCUUUUAAUUAAGUUGACAAUCAUUGUGUGAAACUGCAUUUCUAUGCUUGCUUGCAAGAAGCAAUGGAAACACAAGUUAGAAGUGUUGUUGUGAUAUUGUUCGUAUUUGCUCUUAUUUUCAUAGAAUUGGGAGUUGGUGUUGGGUUGCAAAUCAGUAGAGAUGAUCAUCAAUCAAAUGUAAGCUGCACAGAGGUUGAGCUUAAAGCUCUUCUCGAGUUGAGGGAAUCUCUCAUUGAUCAUUCAAAUCGUUUGUCGUCAUGGGUUGGAGAAUACUGUUGUACGUGGACGGGAGUGGGCUGCAGCAAGAGGACACGCAGAGUCGUCAAGCUUGAUCUACCCAAUUAUGAUGGAGCCAUGUUGCAAGGUGAGAUAAGUCCUUCUAUUCUCAAUCUGAGGCAUUUGCAUUACAUCAACUUGAGCUUUAAUAAUUUUUCAGGAACCCAAAUUCCAGAAUUCCUAGGCUCCCUUAAGAACCUAAGAUAUCUUGACCUCUCUGAUUCACAUUUUGAGGGGCAAAUUCCCCCCCAAUUUGGAAACCUCUCCAACUUGCAACAUCUCAAUCUUGGCUUCAACAAUUUACGAGGUCCAAUUCCUGAUACUCUUGGAAGCCUGUUAUCUCUCACUUUUCUUGAUCUCUCGUUGAAUAGUUUUGACUCCCAAAUUAUGCCUAGUUGGUUGUGUAAAAUGAGCAGCCUUGUUCAUUUGGGACUCUCUGAUGUAAGUUACGGAGGUCCAAUUCUUCCUUGCCUUUGCAACUUGACUUCUCUCACAGUCCUUGAUCUCUCUUGGAAUAGUUUUCAAGGUUCAGUCCCAAGUGAGAUAGGCAAUCUUACACAACUUACUGUCCUUGACCUCUCUCACAACAAGUUAGAAGGUGAAAUACCAAACACCAUAAGGAAUCUCUGCAGCUUGCACAGUUUCAAUUUGUCUUCUAACGAGUUCACCGGAGAGGUACCAUUUUUUCAGGGAAAUAAAUCUACUUGCCUCCAAAAAAGUUUAAAGGAGUUAUAUCUUUAUUCAAACAAGUUUAGUGGUUUUCUGCCAAAUCAGUUGGGAGAGUUUAAGAUGCUAGAGGAGUUAGAUGUCUCUAAUAAUUUAUUUAGUGGUCCAAUCCCAGCAUCAAUUGGAAGACUGUCAUCAUUAAGGUUUUAUAUGCAUCUGGUAAUCAGUUGAAUGGGAGCAUUCCUUCGAGUCUUGGACAACUUUCAAGGCUAGAGUCGUUAGAUGUCUCUAACAAUUCUUUGGAUGGUAUCAUUUCAGAACUUCACUUUGCCAAACUCACAAGGUUAGUAUGGUUGGACAUGUCCUCAAACUUGUUAAUUAUGAAUGUGAGCAUCCAAUGGGUUCCUCCUUUUCAACUCCAAUCUAUUCAAUUGUCUUCCUGCAUAUUGGGACCCCAAUUUCCUCCAUGGCUUCAAACCCAGAAACAUGUUGAAUGGUUGCGAAUUUCCAAUGCAUAUAUCUCAGAUACCAUCCCCGACUGGUUUGAGAAUGUGUAUUCUCGUAUCAACUACUUAGAUAUAUCUCACAACCAGAUUUGUGGAAAGUUGCCCAAGUUUCAAGAAUCUAAUGCUACUACCCAUAGCCGGUAUCUAUAUUUGAAUUCCAACAAGUUUGAGGGCCCCUUAACACCAUUUCUGUCAGGUGUCGAGGAAUUAGAUUUGUCCGACAACUUACUUUCAGGAAAUUUUCCUCUCGUUGAUGAUAAUAUUGAUAUCACUUUUGUAGUUCUUCGUCUCUCAAAUAACAAUUUGACUGGUGAUAUUCCAAAGUACAUAUGCAAGAUGAUGGCUCUGCGAGUACUUGAUCUCUCGAAAAAUAAAAUAUCAGGAACACUCCCUUGGUGCAUGGGGGACUUGGAUCGACUGAUAGUGCUUGAUAUGACGAAUAACAAUCUCAAUGGUCAUAUUCCAAGUUCUUUGGGUUCUUUACAAUAUCUCUAUUCUUUACAUUUGCGGAACAACAUGUUUCACGGGAAGAUCCCUUCAACUUUGCAGAAUUUGGCAUCUCUUAAUAUUCUCGAUCUAAGUGAUAAUGAAUUAACUGAUAUUAUCCCUUCAUGGAUUGGAGAAAUGUCUUCUCUACAAUUUCUCACUCUUCGAUCGAAUAAGUUCCAUGGUUAUAUUUCUCCACAACUCUGCCACCUCUCUACUCUUCAAGUGUUAGACCUGUCACAUAACUAUAUAAGUGGAAGUAUUCCUCGCUGCUUUGCCAACUUCACUGCCAUGGUCGCGAAUCUCAAUGCGGAACUUACAGAGAUUCGGUAUCCACAAUACACAGAGAAAAUGUUAAAUAUCAUUAAAGGAGUUGAACUUGAAUACACUAGCACACUCCGAUUUCUCACAUCUAUAGAUGUUUCAAACAAUCACAUAGUUGGAGAGAUUCCUGAAGAGUUGAUGGAUCUUAUUGGGUUGCUGAGUUUCAAUGCAUCCAAAAAUCAUCUAAAUGGAAGCAUCCCAGAGAAGAUUGGAAAUAUGAAAGCUUUGGAAUCACUUGAUUUGUCAAGAAACAAACUUUCUGGUUCAAUCCCUCCAAGCUUGUCCGAUAUGAACUUUUUAAGCUACUUGAACUUGUCGUUCAACAACUUGUCAGGACGAAUACCAACAGGAAAUCAACUUCAAACACUCAAUGAUCCAUCCGUCUAUAUGGGCAACAAUCAACUUUGUGGACCACAAAUCUCCAAGAGUUGCCCUAGUGAUACUUCGUCUGAUGGUCAUCAUCAUGAUCAACAUGUUCUUGAGUCGGAAGAACGUCUAGCAUUCUAUACUGCCCUUGGACCGGGUUUCUUGGUUGGCUUCUUGGGAAUUUGUGGCAUUCUGCAUUUCAAAAAGUCUUGGAGGUAUGCAUGGUUUCAGUUUGUGGAGAAUACUUGCAACAACCUACUGGUGGCAGUUGCACUGAAGGCAGCUUGGGUGCAGAGAAAGUAACACAAAGAUGAAAUGGGAGGAUAAUUUCCUCUCUAAAAUGGGGCUCAAAUUCAUUUUUUUUCUCCUUUUCCUUUUCGCCACAAGGUUUUAAAUUCAGUUGAAGUAGAUGAGAUUCAGAUGGAAGCAGACAAGUGAGCAGUGGGGUUUUCGUAAGAUGGAAAAGGAUCGCUACUACAAUAAAGUUCAGAAAAAUAAAGUUAGACAAUGAUAUAUUUUUGGUAAUUUGUUAUAAUGUUAGUGUGAUAAUUGUGUACUCUCCUAAAACAUAUAUUGUCUUGAUUCAAUAUCUAUAUUCUGCCAUUAUUAGACUCCUUGGAGGCUUAUACA